AUGCCCUCGCCUCCGAUUCAGCUCUUCCUUACCACUAUAGCCUCUCAGCCGGCUCUGAGACACAGGCAGGAGUUGCUGCUGCGCACGCUCCAAGUCAAGAAGAUACCUUACACUUCAUAUGAUCUGGCAUCGGACGAAGAGGCGAAGAAAUUAUGGAGGCGGAAAGCACCCGCAAAUAAACAGCAGUUGCCAGGCAUCCUGGUCGGCGGGCAGUUCCCUGGUGGAUUUGAUGAAUUCGAGGAUGCCGUAGAGCACGACGAACUGGACAUUUUCCUCCGCUUGAAUGAAUCCUACGACCCGGAUGUCGACGGCGAGCGUCCGGCACCCCCAACUCAGCCAAUCGGAGUACCCGGAGCUCUUUCGCCUGCGCAGUCACUACCUUUGGGGCAUUCACCAACUCCCUCACCGGGGCCGUCUCCCCUCAAGAGUAAGGACAAGAAACCGGUCAACAAGAAAAGGCAGAUUGACGUUGGAGAGGAACUAGUCGGGUUUGGCCUGCAGGGAGUAAAGGUAACGGAGGAUGACCUGAGAGACUUGAUGGAAGAGUUAGGGUUGGAAGGGGAGGAGGCAGAAGGGCUGGUGAAGGGAUUGAGCGGCGCUAGCGACAGUAAGCCAAAGGAACCUGAAGCAAAGAAGCAAGAUAAGGAAGAGAAGAAAGAAAGCCAAGAACGGAAAGCUGAAGCAAAGAAGGAAGACAAGGAACAAAGCGCAGAGGAACAGACCGACGAGGACAAGCAGAAUAAGACGGAAAAAAUACAGAAAGCACCUGAGGCGACUGCGUAGUAUUUGCGGGAGUUGGGCCUCCCCAAUUUCAUCCACGUUUCGGGCAAGGGAAAAUUGGUGACGAUAUAUGCUGGACGGCAUGCUAGUUCUCUGCGUGUAUAGUUGGAUGAUAUGUCGUAUAUCCGGAUGUGGACGGAAUGGAUGCCACUCAGCGAUUCAGCCC